AUGGAUUUCGGAGGUGCUCAGAGCGGCGGUGCCGGUGCCCGCCCUUGCUACUCAUGCGGGCAACCCGGUCACCAGGCUCGCGAAUGCCCUAACCGUGGCGCUGCCAAGUGCUAUAACUGCGGUGGUGAGGGACACAUAAGCCGUGCUUGCCCUGAGGAGCCCAAGGACCAGAAGAUCUGCUACCGAUGCAGUCAGCCCGGCCACAUCUCCCGCGACUGCCCCUCCGGCGGUGCUGGUGGCGGCGGUGGCGGCCAGUCCUCUGGUGCUGAGUGCUACAAGGCAAGUCUUGAUUCUUUACCAGCCUGCGGCGAGGUCGGUCACAUCGCCCGCAACUGCUCGAAGGGUGGAUACGGCGGUGGCGGCGGCGGUUACAGCGGUGGCGGUGGCUACGGCGGCGGCUACGGCGGAGGUGCCGGUGGGAAGACCUGCUACUCUUGCGGUGGUGUCGGCCACAUGUCGCGCGACUGUGUUAACGGCAGCAAGUGCUACAACUGUGGCGAGACCGGCCACUUCUCGCGCGACUGCUCCAAGCGCUCGACCACUGGCGAGAAGAUGUGCUACAAGUGCCAGCAGCCCGGUCACGUCCAGGCCGAGUGCCCCAACAACUAA